UUUCCGGGCCGAGUUAAAUAAUUCAAUUUUACCUUCUACAAAAAAAAAAAAAAAUGUGGUUGAGUUGUUGGCUUUUUUGUUACACAAAUGUAACAAUCAUCCCAAAUCAACAACCAUCGAUUACAGAUUCUGUGGGGUUUGAAUUUCACGUUCUUGUAGAGGAUCACUAUCAGUUGGUCGUGUGGUCAACCAAAGUGAUGCCUAAUCCUUUCUUUUUUAUACAAUCAUUUCAAAUUUAGGGUAGGAUUGAGAAUCUUCCAUCCAAUAAUUUAAGACAAUCACUAUUCAUCAUGAUGCACACCAUGUGUUCGAGAAAAUGACCCAAUGAAUUUUUCAUUAUUGAAACACACCAAAAUUCACAAUCUUCAUCUCCAUUGAUAGUUGACCUUAAUUUUCCCAGAAGAGAGAGAAAGUGUGGCUAACACGUUGUAGUACUGAAUCCCAUAAGUCUACUACAUGAUCAUGGCACUCAAUUUCUUUACUGUUCUUCCUUGUUCAACAUCACCAACCUUCAAAAGUUGCAAAAUUUUCAGACCCAGAAACUUAGAGAGUCGAAAAUGGAGUCCUGGGUAAACACAUUGGUUAAGGAUAUCAAAGGAAAAGUUGGUUUUUCUGGGCCUUUAUCAACUUCUACUACAACUAGAACUACCCUUUUCUCUCUUUUAUCUCAAGAGAGUGAAGUUGUUGAUGUCCCACAAAAAUCAGACACUUCAUAUGAUUAUUUUCCUUCAAGCUUGUCGCCUCCAGAACUUCGGUUACUUAUUCAGUAUGUUCUGCAAAUGAGGCUCAUAAAUCCCAACCACGAUCUCAAUAAUAUCUUGGGAAGACUCUUAUUCAUGGAGCAUUUGGCCUCUGAGAAUGCGUCUUCUACACCUAGUUUGGAGUUUGACAUGAGCAAAACGGGCCAUGCUUGUAUUGCAGCAUCGCUAGGGGAGAGGGCAUGGCCACCAAUGGAAGGCUACUCUUUCUUGUGCUGGUUUCAGUGUAAGGGGUUAAAGUCACAGAGAACAGAACAUCAGGGAACAAUGAAACUAAGGUUGUUUUCUGUUAGUUCAACAGAUAGUGGAAACACAUUUGGGGAAGAAAUUUUUCUGCAGGAAGAUGGCGUGCUUACUCUUGCAACAAACAGUACUUUGUUAUAUUCUUCUUGUAGCUUGGAAUUGGAAGAAGGCAAAUGGUAUCAUCUAGCCAUUGUACAGAGCAAUAGAGAUGAUGUUGCUGCCGAACACUUUUCUGGUACUGUACACAUAUAUCUUAACGGGAAGCGGAGUGACACUGCAGAACUUGCUUACACUCCAGUGCUCGUUGAAAGGGAAUUGCAGGUUACUAUUGGGACACCUGAAAACCAUGCAAGUGUGAGUGACUUGCAAUGGAGACUCCGUAGUUGCUAUAUUUUCCAAGAACCGCUCUCUCCUGAUUUUAUUCAUUUCAUGUACAUGCUUGUUAGAGGAAACACAAUUCUACUUCAAGGUUCGGAUAAUUCUCACUCCGUUUUUAAUGAAGAUGGUGGUGGAGAGAGGAAUUCUGUAUUGGACUCAAGUUCAGAUACUGGAAUAGAAGGAUUAGACACUGAUGAGAAAGUAGGGAGACCUGAGGCAGAUGGCUCAAAGACAAUUUGGGAUGUGGAGAUGCUGGAAAAGACGUGGUUACAACUUUGGGGAAAGAAACUUCUCUGUGCAUUCAAUGCAUCACGAAUAGAAGCUUUACCAGCAUCACAGACUUUGACCUUGCUCAAUCUUGUUGAUCCUCUGUCAACUGCUGUUCCUUCAACCGGCAUAGCGCACUUUGCGCAUCUCUACGGUGAUAUCUCCAUUUGUAGGAGAUGCAUAAUUGGAAAUGUUAUCUGCCCAGUUACAGGGAUAGCAGUUAUCUUAGCUGUUAUUGAAUCUGCUGAAACAAGGAACAUGCUUCAUAUAGCCUUAACAAUAUUUGCAUCUUCUCUUAAUUUGAAUCCUCAUAUGGCUCAACAGAUGAAAGCAUGCAAAGGUUAUCAGUUGCUAUCUCUAUUCCUUCAUAAGAAAAUAGCCUUUUUUGACAUCCAAUGUCUUGAGAUUCUCUUCAAGAUUGCCGUAUCUGAGGAUCCUCUGAAACUGAUGGAUAGCCAAACUAUUAUGCCUUCUUCAAUGGAUAUUCAUGGAAAUAUGCAUGAAUUGUCUGAAAAUGGAGAAACAUCUAAUCAUGAUGAUGAGUAUUCAGAUGAUACUAGGGCAUCUUUAUCAAUCUCUGGUGCAAUAUCUGAUGCAGAUAUAAUAGAGCAUGUUUUGCUAGACUGGGCCUUAUGGGUGACAUCACCUGUUUCCAUCCAGCUAGAAAUACUGAACUUCUUCGAGAAUUUGACAUCGGCGUACAAAUUCAAAGAUCAUAACCUGACUAUUCUGCGUGAAAGAAACAUAGUCCAGCAUUUUCUAGCAGCUUUACAAAGGGAUGAUAUUGAAGUGGUUAUCUUAGAGAAACUUGUUGUUCUACUCACAGUCAUCUUAGAGCACAAGUUUCUUGAAUCUGAGCUGGAAAGUGUGACAUCAUUUGUGCUUACAACAUUUGAACCCUUUGAAGUCAAACCAUUUCAAGUCAAAAGAGAGAGAAAAAGUAAGCGUGUGAUUUUGAGAAACAUUCUAUUGGAGUCACUCAUAGAUUUACAAGUGACCAUCACUUCAGAGGAAUUGCUUGAGAAUUGGCAUAAAAUAGUCUCAUCAAAACUCAUUACAUAUUUUCUUGAUAAGGCAGUUCAUCCUACAACCAUAGUAUGGAUCAUAACCCUUCUAGGUUUAUGUUUCACAUCAUCUCCCUUAUUUGCUCUUAAAUUUGGGAACAAUGGGGGAUACCAAGUACUCGCUCGUGUACUUCCCAGUUUCCCUGAUUUUCUUGACAUAUAUUAUACUCUUUUCUGCUUGAUAUUUGGCAAGCCUAUAUACCCAAAAUUACCUGAAGUUGGAAUUCAGGAUUUUGAGGUGUUGAUGCUCAGUAAUCAGGAGUUUGUUGACUUGAAGUUUUCUAACCUUUUGGAUUCUGUAGUUGUUAUGGUGAAAUAUAUAUUUGAUCAGCUUAAAAUCCAGCCAAGUCUAGCUCAACAAGAUUUGAGUAUCUCUCAAGCUUCAGAUGUAAAUGUGGACCUUGCAGUAGGAAACUUGGAUAUUAUUGAAGAAAUAGUUGGAGAAGAAGCUUCGAGGCAAAACGCUAAUACUGCCUCUUUACUUGGUCUUGAAGCUUCUGCUACUAAUGCAACUUCAAUUCUGAGAUUAAUGGCUAAUUUGGCAAAAAUUUCCCCCUCUUUCUCUAAUAUAUGUGAACGAACUGAAUUUCUUGAAAGCUGUGUGGACCUUUAUUUCUCUAUUGUGAGGGCUUAUAUGGCGGUAAAGUUGGUCAAAGAACCAAACAUUUUAACAAUUUCCACCAAUUGUUCCAUCCUAUCUUCUGAAGAAGAUGGAUACCCGUCUCCAAAGUCUGAUUCUCACAUAACAUUAUCUACUGAAGAUUCCAGUUUUCUAACAACAUCCCAUCUUAUGCUGGAAAUUGACAAUUCCGGCUGUAGUGGUGAACCAUAUUCAGUAGGAUCAACAGCUAUCUUGGAUCUUAUAGCAGAAGUUCUCUCUGAAACCCUGAUUGGGGAUGUAAAUGCAGUUACAACCAUGGAAAACCUUUUAUGGAGUGUCCCUUUAUAUCUUGAUUCUGAUUCUGUUCUAACUUUCCAGGAACUCUGCUUCAGUAGAGUUAUGAAUUAUUUGGAACGGCGGCUUCUGUACAGCGAUGACAGAAAUAGCAAAAAAUUGGAUAAGAAUAAUCUGUGGUCAAAUUUAGGAUCAUUUUGCAACCUGAUUGUAGAUUGUGUUUACAUGGGUGUUUUCCCUCGGCCUUCAUCUGUGCUGAAAGUGUUGGAAUUCUGUUUCUUGAUGCUUCAUUCAGCCAAAAAAGACUGUCAAAUUGAGGAAUCAUCACCACUUCCUUGGACAGGCCUACUGUCAAUUUUGAGAGGAAGCACACCAGCUGAUGUUAUCCUCAAAAGCACGAAUCGGAUGGUAUUGUAUUGUUUUCUUCCAUUUUUCCUGGCCUCACUUUCGGGUUCGGGUUUACAAAUGCUUGUUCAAGACCCGGUAUUUUCGGGCCGGGUUGGGUCGGGUUUUGACAGGUCUAGUCCUCGUAUUAUUUCCCAAGAAGAAACGAGGGUGGAUGUUUGCGUAGUCUUGGAACUUAUACAUGCUCAUAAAGAAAUCAUCUUCCAUCACAGCAAUGUUGAUAUUGAUCUUUAUUCCUCCCUCUGCAUUAAUCUGAUCUCCUUUGUUUCUAACCAGCAAAUUACAGAUGCAGGAAACUUAUCCCUGAGUAUCCUGAAAUUUCUGCUAGUGCAUUGCCGAGUUUCCCUAGAAAACGUGCUCAUAUCAAAACCAGACCAAAGCAAACGCUUUGAUGUAUUAAACGGAGGCCUUGAUAAACUGUUAACAGAAAACUCAUCAACUUUCAUGAAAUGGUUUCAGACCUCUGAGAAUGAAAUCAACCAUGUUUUACAGCAAUUUGCAGGAAUUAGAUGGGAAAAGUUCAUUGCAGAAUCAGCAAAGUUCAGAAGAGAGAAGUUUGAGUUGUUGGAAGAUCAAUGGACAACUAAAAUGGGAAGAAAAGCAGAGAAUGGUACUAAACUUGACCUCAUGUAUCAGGAUCAGUGUGUUGAACAAAGAGCUACUCUUGCAGUGAUGCAGAAUGAAGCGCGUAAUGAGUCGGAUGUUGGUUUUCAGAAGAAACAGGAGUUGGUUGUUCAUGCAGAGAGUGAAUGGAGAAGUUGGUUUGGACAACUUGGGCAUGAACAUAAAGUUGAACUCAUCACUUCUCUAGCUUGGGAAGAUUACUGGCCUUUGUGAUCAUAGAAUUCCAACAGGUAAAAGUUUUGGCAUAUUAGUUUUUUUGUUGCUUAACCAACUGGGUGAUCUUUGAGCAAUGGUAAGACAAUUUCAUACCAUUAACAUUCGGGAAGUGAUUUUGGCACACCAUUGAAUUACGUAUUACCACCAUGAACAUGUAUUAACGUAAUUCAAUGUUCUGUACUACUCCCAGUCAAUAUGUAUAACUAACAUUUCUAGGUGACUAGGUGACUGAGUGGAUGUCAGCUAGCUUAGUUGGUAAAUUCUUGAGAUGUGGUAUCUAAGACCUGGGAUCGAAGCUCAUCUACACCAGUUGUCGCCUUGCACUUUGUGCCUCUCUCUACACCCAAAAAAAACAUUUUUGAUUUUGGCUGGUCCUCUAAAACCAGAGAUAUGUUACUUUUUCUUUCACUUUUGUUGAAGUAUGGUGAUCUUUAAGGAACUCGUAAGUUAUAAA